AUGGCAGCGAUGGAUAAAGAACAGAUUAAGGAGCCCGAAGACUCGAACUUCACCCUCUCCAAACCAACCUUGUUUGGCACAUGGGACGGCGUGUUUACUACUGUUUUGGUGAACAUCUUUGGUGUCAUCGUAUUUCUUCGAAUGGGAUGGAUUGUGGGAACAGCCGGCAUAGCCAAUGCUAUCCUAUUACUUAUCAUUUGUACCGCACUGGCUCUUAUUUCGGUAUUCUCCGCCAUCGGGAUUUGCGAGCGGUGCCAGAUACAAAGCGGUGGCAUCUACUUUCUCGUAUCGCAUGUACUGGGUGGA